ACAGCCUCAACACACCUGACUCCAUUGAUGUCGAGCCAUUAUUUCCAUCUUCCCGCGUUUCAACGACAAGGCCCCGUCAAAUAUACCACAUCCACGAAGGUCUCGAAGAUCUCGCAGAUCUAUACGUACCACCACCGCUGGACUCGGUACCUGAAGCCGUUGAAGCCGAAGCCCAUCCUUCGCGGCCACCUCCUACCUCUCGUCUCGGCCAUGGCAAGGUCAUGACAGCGGCUGAGUUCGAAGCUCUACAAAAGCGCAAGGCCCGAGAAGAUGCUGAAAGGCGCUUCUACGGCGGUGAAGAAGAGGAAGACGAUAAAGUCGACUACGAGUGUAUAGACGAUGCGGAAGCUCUGAACAAACAGAGGGCGCAACGUAAGAAGCAGCAGGUUUACCUCGACGGCGACUAUCGACAGCGGAUGAUGAAGAGUACAAAUGGGCCUGAUCUGCCACCAUUGCGUUCUCACUCGCGCAUCUCUUCGUCAUGGUCCAUGAAAUCGUUCAAGACCUUCCAAGGCUUGCCAGAAGACAUUGCCCCACGGCAUGAGAACGAAGAUGAAGAUGAGGAUGUGCCUUUAGCACUGCUCCAGAUUCAGCGGCGGUCGGGCGGUAAAGCUCCAUCCGUCGUCAACUUCGGUCUAACAAGGAGAGAAUCCAUCUCACAGAUCCAACCGAUGAACAAAAUUCGACAAAAUUCACGGGCACCAAUGCCAGCAUUUGCAAGGAGUCUUCCGCAAGAUAUUUUUCCUGUAGCUCCCCACAAGGCCUGGCCCAUGAACAACCAGCAACUUAUCCCAGGUGGCUUGGUCGGUGUGAUAGCGAGAGAAGAGGGCGCCAAGAAAGCGCGUCGUGUGCCCCCAAGUACCGGCUUCCAACCUCUGCCUGAUACCAACGAGGCCUUCAAUUGGGGGCAGGCGUCGACUCAACCGGUCGGAAAGGCGCAUUCAUUUGGCAUGCCUAGGACACAGACACCGAUGGCUUUCUCUAGGCCGCAAACUCCAGUCACCGUCCCUCAGCUGCCCCCACUUACUUCCAAUCAAGAGAUGUUCCACUUCUUGCAGGCUCAGACUGAGAUUCUGAGAUCGAUGGCGACCAUGAACCAAAGGAGCAACCAGCCUUGGGAUGCCUACUCAUCUCAACACUCGGUCUUGAAUAUGGGACCUCCCGGUGUCGGGUCGACGUAUGCGCCGUCCCAUUACGCACCUUCGAACUAUGCGAAGUCAAACUAUGCAACAUCGAACUACGCGAGAUCUGUUUAUCAACAGCCUGGGGGGUAUGCUGCCUCAGUUGCACCAUCAGAGCGGAACACCGUGGGUCUGCCGAGUCGUUACAGACCUGUUUCCAAAGCUGUGACCCAAACGCAAUCUAGCAAGGCAACCAAAACUGAUGACACAAUGUCUCUGAGCAACUGGGGGAACAAUCGUCCUGAUGUUCCUCGUACUAGUGCUGCCCUUGAAGAAGACAGCACCGACGAUGACGACGACGAGGCAUUCUGGAAGGCGAAGAAGAAGAAGAGUGACAAAAGGAGAGCCAUGUGGAUUCAGGAGAAUGAUUUGGGCAUAAAGCCGGAGUGGAUCAGCUAAAACAAGGUAGACAUGCAUACAGGUUUAUAUGGGCGGAAUAUGGGAUAAAAGAGAUCAUGGAAUGGGCUGGGAUAUCAUAAUCGUGGAUAGAAUA